AUGAACAUUAACUCAAUAGCUGAUCUGUUUAAUUUAUUGGAAUCUAACAAAUUGGGGGAGGUAGAAGAAAUAAAAAAAGUAUUCCAUGAACUUUUUUUAUAUACAAAAGACAAUUGGCUGGUAAAUGGACUUUUUGAUUAUUAUCUGUCUACAAAUUCCUUGAGAACUGUUGAAGUACUAGCUGGUAUUCGUGAUCCACAUGAUAAAUAUCUCUUAGAUCGUUUGUCAGAAGCUCUUUCUAAAACUGGAAGUAACAGCCAAAGAAUUCAGACCCUUACUUUGUUAGGUCACAUUGCCCGUCGUCAACCAACUUGGUUGUACAAACUUGCCAGUCAUACUUUAUUUCGGGAUUUACUUAAGUUACUUAAGGUGGAAGCAGAUACAUUAUCUCUUAUGAGUGCACUUCUGCUCUUGGUAAUGUUAUUACCAAUAUUACCUGCUGCUUUAGGGCCAUACCUCUCAGAAAUCUUUGAAGUGUUUGGUCGAUUGGCCUCUUAUUAUCAUCAUCAGUCAUUAUCUGUAUUUUCAUCUCCAAUGCAUUUUACUUCAACAACAAUGACAGGGACAAUAGAUAAAAAUCAUUUAUAUUUAUUACAUCUGCAAGUGGGACUAUAUAGCUUAUUCCACAGAUUAUAUGCUAUGUACCCUUGCAACUUUAUUUCAUAUUUGAAACAACAAUAUAUUCAACGAGAUCAAUUGGCCACUUUUACUCAUACAAUUAGACCAAUGUUAGAUUCAGUGCGUAUGCACCCAUUACUUGUUACUGCAUCUAAAGAUACAGAGAUUUCUGCUGCCAGAUGGAAGAAAAUGGAACAUCAUGAUGUUAUGGCAGAAUGCGGCCGUUUUACAUUGGAUAAAUGUCGAGAAGAAGUAUUUCAUACUACAAAUUCACGCUCAACGCCACCUUUAGAUUACUCUUCUGUGUGUACUCCAAUAAACAUUAGGGGAGGAAUAGCAUCAUCAGAAAUCAGUAAUAGUGAAGAUGAUACAUUUUGGUCACCGAGUAUGGCAGUACCACCACAUAGUCCUCAGUUUCCAGUCACAUCUCAUGAACAACGAUCUGCUCCUUCAACACCUAAUAACAACAGAAGUGGUACUUCACCCCCAGAAGCAGCAGUUGAAGCCACUCCUGAAACAACGCCAGUUAAGGAUUUAAGAAAGUUAUCAACAAGGCAAAUACCUACUGGUUCUGCUGCAGUUCGUGCUCUUACUGCAUUUGGUAAUGGUACAAUAGGACCAAGUUCGCGACCAUCUACACCGAUCCCCUUAAAUCCGUCUGUAUCUGGUUCCAUAAUUGGAAGUGGAGAUGCAAAUAAUGCACAUGGAUUUUUUUCGCACAAGUUAACUAAAAUUAUCACAGAUAGACAAACUGUCACCCAACAAAAGUCACUCGUCACCACAGAUGAAGAUGGAAGAUUUUCUGAAAUAGACAUGCAUCAAAAUGGAAAAAACGAUUCUUGGCAAGAAGAUCAAGAGGUUUUAGAAAUUGUAAGCUCUCAAACUGCUGAAAAAUACGAAAGUUCAAAAGACGUUGAACAACAAGAACAUCAGCAUGAAAAAAUACAACAUACUUUUGCAGAUUUAUCUCAAAAAGUUUAUCAGUUACGUUUAUGUUCACAAAGUCAAGUUUCAACGCAACAUUUGGAUUUGAACUCUCUUUACAAAAUUCGAAAAAGCAAAUCUUGCCCUGAUAUAAAAAUUCCAAAACAAAUUGGUAAUGGCAAAACAGACCCAUUAAAAAUAAUAGGGACAAAAAAAUUAGAAGAAACAGGAACACAAACAUUUAACUUGCUUCCAUAUGAAUAUUUAUUGCUAGGAAUUUUGGAUCAAAAAAGUCAAAUGAAUAUGCAAAGACGUUCCGUACAAGAUACCGAAUUUAGAGUGUCACCAACUACAAUGCUUGAUCAAUAUGUUGAAGCUUGCACUCAUUCUGGUGACAAAAUGAGGACUAACGCAAUUAAACAGAAACAAAGAAAAGAAAAUGAUGUAGAAGAUGAAGUAGGAGAAGAAGAUACUUUUGAUGUCGAAUGUGCGAGUCAGUUGUUACAGCUUAUGCAAAUGCAACUACAGUUCGAACGACAGCGUAGAGAAGUUCACGCUGAACGUAAUCGAAGGCUUCUUGGCAAAUUGAGGGAUUCGCGUGCGUUAGAAGAACAUAAUUAUGCUUUGACUGAUCGUUUGAAACUCAUGGAAAAAGAAGUAGAGGGCUUAAAAACUGAAUUAGAACGUAACAAGAGAGAAACUUGUCAAGCUGAAGACCAAUACAAAGAAACAUUGCAUCACUGGCAAGCUAAGUGUGUAGAAGAACAACGACAGAACCAGAUACUGAAGGAUCGUCUCGAAUCUGUUAAACUUGAAUUAAAGAGUGAACAAAAAAAAGUUAUAGAUUGUGAGCAGCGAAUUCGUUCCACAGAGGCUUCUCUAUUCGAUGCAGGUCAUCAACUAAGAGUAGCUUUAAAAGCUGCAAAUCGUAGUAAAGAAUUAGAAUGUACUCUUGAUACUGUACAGAAAAAAUUCCUUCUACUUGGAGAGGCACAAGCUAAAUUGCAAGAAAGUACUGGUGGUCUUUCACCAAUGACUAAACAAGAAGUAACACAAAUGCAGAAGUCAUAUGCAGAAGAAUUAACUAAUUUACGGCGACAAUUGGAAUCGCGUACAUCUCUUGUAGAAGCCUUAAAAAUACGUUUAAGUGAAUUAGAAAAUAAAGAAGCACGAAAAGAAGCGCAACUUGUAGAAUUACAACGACUUUUACAAGAAACAAAAGAUCAACACGAAGCUGAAUUGGAAGCCGUCGAAUCAAAGUAUAAAGCACAAGCUGAAAUUAACCUCUUUUUUGAGGGUCGUAUACUUGAACUUCAUGGAACUCUAGAGGCAGCAACUUGCAGUAAUACAACUGUAAACAAUUUAGCUUCUUCAGCAUCGCCUAAAGAAAGAUCGCCUCCAUUAUCGGCUAGUUUAGCUUCUUCCAGUGAGGGAAGUCUUGCCUUUAUUCAUUCAGGUACUGGAAUUAUAAUGAAUGACUGUUGUGAUACUGCAGGCGAAAUUCCUAAUCUUCAAGCUAUCGUCGAACCCGUGCCAAGCCAGGCUACUUCACCAUCUCGUCAAAAUCAACAAAUACGGAAUCCGAAACAAGACUAACGUUACGCAAAUUUGACCACCGAGUCUUUUCGCAUACAGCUAUUCUGUUUUGCACGCGUGCAACUGUUAUCCAGUGACGUGGUAUUAAAUCAGAAGAAAGUUAUUUGUAGCUUUUUAUCAACAUAUUAUGCGGAAUUCAUAAAAAUA